GUCGGCGGGUUUAGGACGCGACACCCGGAAGUGGCGGCUGGAGCGGGAGCGCUGAGUUGUCGGGCGGCGGGACAGCGGCCCGGAAUAGGGGGCGGGGGCGUUGGUCAUGUUUCCCUUCGGGCCCCACAGCCCGGGCGGGGACGGGGCGGCUGGAGCCGAGGAGCCGCCGCCUCUCGGAGGGCCGGCGGCAGCCUCCAGACCGCCCUCUCCAGCCCCGCGGCCGGCGCCUCCACAGCAAGAAGCUGACGCGGCCCCUCCCCCGCCGGCCGCCCGCAGCCCUCGGCUCCCGGGCGGCCCUGCACUGUCCCCGGACGAGCGCGCCGGAGAGCUCGCGGCCCCCGGAGCUCUGGAGUUGUCCGCUGCCGCCCCGCAGGCCGAGCUGUCACCGUCGUCCUCGCCGCGCAGACGCUCGCGGCCGGACUGCAAGGCGGGCAGCCGGAGCCGGCAGGGCCUCAGCACCGGCCUGGGCGGCCCCGGCGCCAGACUGUUCGGGUGGCUGAGAGAGCGAAGCCUCGGCCGCGGCCUGUUCGUGGACCCGGCGCGGGACAAUUUCCGCACGAUGACAAACCUGUAUGGUUCCAUCCACCCCGCCGACUCCGUGUACCUCAGCACCCGCACCCACGGUGCUGUCUUCAACCUCGAGUACUCGCCGGACGGGUCAGUGCUGACAGUUGCUUGUGAACAGACUGAAGUUCUGCUUUUUGACCCUAUAUCUUCAAAGCACAUAAAAACCCUUUCUGAAGCACAUGAAGACUGUGUGAAUAAUAUCAGAUUUCUUGAUAACCGGCUAUUUGCUACCUGCUCUGAUGAUACCACAAUAGCACUAUGGGAUCUGAGAAAACUGAACACCAAAGUAUGCACUUUACAUGGUCACACUAGCUGGGUGAAGAACAUCGAAUAUGACACUAAUACAAGACUCUUAGUAACGUCAGGAUUUGAUGGAAAUGUCAUUAUUUGGGACACUAACAGGUGCACAGAAGAUGGUUGUCCACAUAAGAAAUUCUUUCAUACACGUUUUCUUAUGCGAAUGAGAUUAACACCAGAUUGUUCCAAAAUGUUGAUCUCAACAUCCUCUGGAUAUCUCUUGAUUUUGCACGAUUUGGACUUAACUAAGUCUUUAGAAGUAGGCAGCUAUCCCAUUUUGAGAGCAAGAAGAACUACUUCAAGUUCAGAUUUGACUACUUCAUCAAGUUCUUCUGGUUCUAGAGUUUCUGGUUCACCUUGUCAUCACAGUGAUUCUAAUUCGUCUGAGAAACACAUGUCACGAGCCUCUCAACGAGAAGGAGUUUCACCACGAAAUAGUCUUGAAGUCUUAACCCCUGAAGUUCCUGGUGAGAGAGAUCGUGGAAACUGCAUCACAUCCUUACAGCUACACCCCAAAGGCUGGGCCACUCUUCUUCGGUGCUCAAGCAACACUGAUGAUCAGGAGUGGACUUGUGUCUAUGAAUUCCAAGAAGGCGCUCCAGUGCGACCUGUUUCACCUCGCUGUUCUCUGCGGUUGACUCAUUACAUCGAGGAAGCCAACGUAGGCAGGGGCUACAUCAAAGAACUUUGCUUCAGCCCUGACGGACGAAUGAUUUCUUCCCCCCAUGGCUACGGGAUUCGCUUGUUGGGAUUUGACAAACAGUGCAGUGAGCUUGUUGACUGUUUACCCAAAGAGGCCAGUCCCCUGCGGGUAAUUCGUUCUCUGUACUCUCAUAAUGAUGUGGUCCUGACAACAAAGUUCUCUCCAACACACUGUCAGAUUGCCUCAGGGUGCCUUAGCGGACGGGUCUCUUUGUAUCAGCCAAAGUUUUAGGCAAAACUCACAUCAAAUAAGGAACUCUUCUGGUGUUUGGCUUAUAAAUUACUUCAAUUUAGGUGAAGUAUUUUCUUUCUUAUAAGUUUGGGUCAAGAUCUCAAUUCCAAUGGGCCAGUGAACAUAAACGUGGCCUGAGUACGUGACCAUCCAGCAUCCCGGCAUCUCCAUCUCCACCGUGCAGCAUCGUUCUGUCAGCAUUCCUUUGCUCCUGUCUGUGCCACUGGCUUGGGUUUUCCUGGUCAUUUUGCAUGUGGCUCUUGUUCUCUCCCCCAUCCCUGUUUCUACCGUUCCUCCCUGCCUUCCUUGUUUUUUGAUUUUGGUAUGAAUUUUGUGGACAUUCUGCAGGAGUCUUGGUUGGGAUGAGAAAACCCGUGGCACUAGUAUUAAAUAAAGCCCAGAAGUUGGAUGUUGGCACACCCAUUGUUGAAAAAGCUUAUCUUCAUUUAUCAGUACACUUGGCCUUUAAAGUUGCUGUCAAAUAUUGAGCACAGAUAAUGACAUUCUCAUAACAGUUAGAUACUUUGCAACAAAAUAUCUUUUUAAAGUUUCCUGUUAAAAUUAUACAAGUUAUCUCAUGUGAGAUUUUGUUGUGAAAUUUUAGAAAAACAUUGCAACUUCUCUCUGUAAUUUAUUUUACUUCUAUGAAUUUAAAAUCUCCAGCAUGUGUCUUUACUUGGUAUUUUGUUCCUGUCAGCAGCGUUGGAAAAGAAAAGUAAUAAGCUUGGUCAUUUCUGUUGUACAGAAGAUUUGUUCUUAGGGUGGCACAGUAUCUGGCCAUAGACUGAGGAGUCUGUGAUUCUUUGAAUCACACAGAUGAUUUGUUCAUAGUAAUGGGGUGGGAGGGAAGUCAAGUAAAGAUUUUAUUGUGUUUGUUCCUUCAGCCAGGGAUCGUCAGGUCAGCUCGCACUGGUAGUGAAAAGGGAGCUGUAGUCCUCUUUCAGCUGCUGUCACAGACCUGAGAGUCAGCGACCGAGUGGCACUACUGCCUUGUGUUUGGCUAUGGGCAGUCUGGGAGGAAGGUGUGAGCACGAGGCUACGCCUGUCUUGAAUAGACAGCGUCCUUCCAGUCUUGAUUGGCACUAUGUUGAGAUAUUGCUAGAAGCUGGAAUAAUUAAAGCCGUGCAAUAGCCUCGUUCUCUUUGUUCACAUGCCCUUUAGGCCAGUGCUUCUCUAAUAUUAGGAUGCAGUAUAAUCCUUGAAGGACUUGUGAAAAAAUGUAGGAGUCUGGGCCUGACCUUAGAAGACUUAUUUAGGCAGGAAAAAGACAGGACUACUUAAACAGAAUCUCCAAUCUGUGUCUGGGUGGCCUCCAGGUCAUAGUUUAAAAACACAACCUGAAUUGCAGUAGAUAUUUCUGUAUCCAUUUGGUGCUUAACAUAAUUCCCAUAAGAUGUUUCAGCUAUCUAAAUAGUAAUAAUAAUAAAUCAAUAAUAGCAAUUUUAGGAUAGCAAAUAACUUGAAGUGACACCCAUUUCACUGUUGGACAAAUGAAAGAAGGUACGUGAUUUGUUUUGCCUAAGGUCAUACAAAGUCAGUGGUAAAGCCAGGGCUUCAAGUCAAUUUCAUAAUUCUUUGCUCAGGGCAGUUUCCUAUUAUAUUAUGCUGGCUUUUUAAAACACAAGUGAUUGUGGACAUUUUGUCUUUAGGUUAUAUUAUUGUAAGAAAGAUGAUCAUAUUGUAAAAGGAAGGCAUGGGAGUAGAUGUUGAAAGUUUCUUCCAUAGAAAAAAGUAUUUUACUACUUACGGAGACAUUUAAACAACCCAAAUACAUGAGUGAAUACAACAGUUCUUUAUAGUGCCCAUCAAACGGCCGUUCACACACCUGUAAGAGCUGCAUCUCAAAGAGAACAAUGCUGGGUUGGAGAGAUGGCUCAGUGGUUAAGUGCACUGUCUGCUCUUCCUAAAGGACCAGGGUUCAAUUCCCGGCACCCGCAGGGCAGCUCACAACUGCCUGUAACUACAGUUCCAAGGGAUCUGACACCUUCACACUGAUAUACAUAAAAUAAAAGAGAACAAUGCUAGCUCCAGGACAGUCUUUAAAAAUCAAGACUGUCUAUCAUAGAUAUUAGAAAAGCUGGAAAUAGUGUAAUUGAAAAAAACAACAAAGUACAAUGAAAAUUGUAGACUUGCUUGCCAUAGCUUUGACUGACAAAAGUCCCCCCAGCCAAAAAAAAAAAAAAAAAGAAUAGUUUGGGAGGGAAAUACUAUAAUUAAAACCUUCACAAUUUUUUUUCUAAGACAGGGUUUCUCUGUGUGUAACCUUGGCUGUCCUAGACUCACUCUGUAGAGCAGAUCUCAAACUCAGGAGAUCCAUCUACCUCUGCCUCCCAAGUGCUAAGAUUAAAGAUGUGCGCCACCAGUACCUGGAAACAAUUAAAAACUAUUACUUAUAAAGAUUAAAUUGAAUUUAAAUUAUGUAUAAAGAUUAAAUACUCAAAAGAAGAUUAUAGCCAGGUGAAUCAGCACACACCUGUAAUCCCAACACUCAGGAAGCAGAGGCAGGUGGAUCUCUGUGAGUUUGAGGCUAGCCUGGUCUACAGAGUGAGUCUAGGACAGACAGCCAAGGCUACCCUGUAUCAAAAAGCAAAAGAUAAAACAAGAUUCCAUAAAUUACAUCAGUUUGAAAAGAGUUCUAUGUCAGAUGUUGUCUCAAAUGUACCGAAUUCAAGCAAGGGACUCUUGGGGUCACUGUUUUUGAACACCUACUAUGUGUUAAAGAUUGUGCCCACUUUCCUACCGGCCCUACAAAGACCUUACAGAGAAGGUAGAAAUGACUUGCCUGAAGCCUCAGAGUGGGCGGUGGGCGGCAACACUGGAUUCAGACCGAGGCUUGUCUGUCUAUUUUACUUCAAGUCUGGACUUCCUCCUCUACCAUUUUACCCCUUAGUUCAUGAAGGAUGAGAUACACUCAUCCCUCAGCUCAUACAGUAGCCAUGAUGUAGAGAAAGUGGAGGCUAGUCAGUCAGCCUUGUGUGAAAGCAAAGCCACACAUGACAACUGACAAGAGACAGGGUUUCUCUGUGUUGCCCUGGCUGUCGCUUUGUAGACCAGGCUGGCCUUGAACUCACAGAGAUCCGCCUGCCUCUGCCUCCUGAGUGCCAGAUUACAGGCAUGUGACACCACGCCCGGCUCCUCUGACCCUUUUUUAACAACCUAAAAUUCUGGUACUUUUUUACUGUUUUAUUCAACAAUUUUUAUUAUAAUUGGCAGCGUAUAUUAUAAUUAAUAAUGGAUUUAUUACCGUUGGUACAUCUUGGUAAAAAUAUCAUUUUCCAGGCUAAAAGCUUCCUUCAGAGUAGUCUAUUAAUGGAAAUGCUAUAUUGAAUGACUUGUAGGUGUAUCAAAUAUACAGUAGCCGCUUAUUUUCAAUCAGGAAAUAAAGGGCUAAAGUAAGAGACUUCUACUUUUAAGUGAAAAUGUGUAAUUGCAGCUGGUGGGGGUCAUGGCAGAGGUGGUGGGUCCUUCUAGGGAACACAACCUUAAAAGUUAUGACUUGACACUUGGAGAAUCUUAGAGGACUGCCGUUUCUCACACUGAAGCACGCAGCACUGUGUCCAUAAGUCUCUAUUACACUUGCCUUUUAUUUUACUUUUUGGUGUUUUUUUUUUUUAGCACAAGGUGUUUUGUUUUGUUUGAGCCCUGGCUGUCCUGGAACUCACUUUGUAACCCAGGGUGGUCCCCAACUCAGAAAUUCCACUGUCUUUACCUUCCAAAUGCUAGGAUCAAAGGCAUGCGUCACCACACCAGGCUUCAUUUGACUUUUAUAAAAGCAGGAGACAUGGCUUGAUGACUUCCUGAUGACAAUCAUGCUUGUUUAGUGCCCAGUGGUCAAGGGUGCCGCACUCAGUAACACCUUCUGUUGGUCAUGAAGGAGUCCAUAUAGAUGAACUUUGUUCGGACAACAAAUGCAUCUCUCUUAAGUGCCAAAAUUUAAAAUCUGUAGUUAUUUUUGACGCAAGUCUCCUUAGGGAUGAUCGUCUACCUCCCUGCCUCCUUAAAGAGCAUGCUCAGUCUAUUUCACCUUAUCAUGAUGAAGUUUCAUUCAUGAUGUAUCAUUGCCAAUACCCAGUGAGCUCUGAUUUCUAUAGAACAUUUCACAGAACACAAAGGGCUAUAGGAAAUGUGAGGAAUAUCUCUGAACAAGUUAGUCCCUCAACCAUGUAAUUAUUUGCCUCAUUGUUAGCUUUUAAAGAAAUGUUUCAUGCCUGCAAAGUAACGUAUUCUAUCAAUAUGCCUGUUUCUAACAGGCUCCACUUUCUUCUGUACGCUCUUCAGGUUAUGGGCUGUGACAUGAUUUCACCCGGCCCUGGUCAGCGCCUACAAAAACAACUGGGCAAGUUCUGGUUCCAUGGUUUGUGUGGCAGCUCCUUUGGCUUUGCUCUAUUCACCAUUUAAAUAAUACAGCUCCUCACUAAUGGUGGGCUACUUCUCAGUGGGAACCACGCAAGAGGUAUACGUGUCAGGGCUGCUGCUGGGUUAACAACAGCCAAAACUGGCAGCUACAGGGGUCCUUCCUGCUGCUGAGAACAAAGGUGCAGAAGAGGAAGGCAGGAAAAGGAAAAUCCAGGUAGGCCUAAGACUAUGGGAGACACCAUUGAAUAACCAUGAAAAUGUACACUUGAAUAGCACGUUAGAAGACAGUUUGGUUUCAUUGUAGGGCAAGAUUGUGCUAACAUGCACAUCCUAUACAUUACUUCAGACUAUGUCCUGAGAACCGCUCCCAUUCAAAUGAUAGUGGAAACUAGCAACAAGAGCAAAAUCUCCAGUUUGCCUUUAUGCUGAUGUCUUGAGUUGUAAAUGACCUGAGAGGUUUAAUCGAAAGCCCCAAGGAGCACGUCUCAUGCACGUAUCUUUUGAAUGUAUGUAUAUAUAAAUGUCACUGUAAGUGACACCUAACCCCAGGAAUAAUGAAAUAAUGUUCAGGAUUUAAAUCUGGUCACAGUCUUUAAGAUAGGCCCACUCUGUACUUUCCCAAGGCUCUGUCUGGCUCAUAGAUUUCAUGGCUUUUACACAAAGAAUAUAUAUUUGAAUUUUCUUUUAAAUUUGACUGUGUCCUUCAACCUCCAAACUCUGCUUCUUGGGGGGCGGGGAGUGAGAGGUAAACUUUAGGUUUGUAUUUUUGGCAACUUGAAAUAUUCUAACUAAUAUGCCAUCAACCAGAGCACUUUCUCAGCAGGUUCUAAGGUGCUAUUGGUCCUUCUGCUAGACUGUGCGCUCCUUGAGGGCAGGGCUAUCUUUAUUCUUGUAUCCACGGUGCCUGGGAUAGGAUCUGACAGAGUAGUUGUUCAAUAAAUAUCUGUUGAAUGAAUCACAAA